CACACACUCCAGCCUUCGCUUGAUCACGGAAAGAAACACAACUCUCGACCUCGAAGAACUGGCACCAUGAAGAUCUCGGCAGUAGUCCUCGGCCUCGCCGCCAGUGUUUCCGGCCAUGCCAUCUUCCAGAAGCUCUCGGUCAACGGCGUCGACCAGGGCGCUCUGAAGGGGGUCCGAGCCACCUCUAGCAACAAUCCGAUCCAGAACGUCAACGACGGCGGCUUCGCUUGCAACAACAACAUCCAGUACAAGGACAGCAAUGUCAUCUCCGUCCCGGCGGGCGCCAAGGUUGGCGCCUGGUGGGGGCAUGUCAUUGGAGGUCCCCAGGGAAGCAAUGAUCCCGACCAUCCCAUCGCUGCGAGCCACAAAGGUCCUUUCAUUGCCUACCUCGCCAAGGUCGACAACGCCGCAAGCACCGGCACGGCCGGGCUCAAGUGGUUCAAAGCCGCCGAGGCCGGUCUCAGCGGGAGCACGUGGGCCGUCGACACCAUGAUCGCCAACGGAGGAUGGCACUACUUCACGCUGCCCUCAUGUGUCGCCCCCGGCGACUACUUGUUGCGAGUUGAGCUCAUUGCCCUGCACGGAGCAUCGGUCCAAGGCGAGGCCCAGUUCUACAUGGGAUGCGCGCAGAUCCGCGUCACUGGCUCCGGGAACAACGCCGGCUCCAGCUUCGUCAGCUUCCCCGGCGCCUACUCCGCGUCGCACCCCGGCAUUCUGGUCAGCAUCUACGACAACACCGGCAGGCCCACCAACGGCGGCCGACCCUACUCGAUCCCGGGCCCCGCCGUCAUCAGCUGCUCCGGCGGCGGCGGCUCCCCACCUCCUACGUCGUCGAGCCCGCCUCCGACCAGCUCGGCACCGUCCAACAGCGGUGGUUCCGGCGCGCCCCUCUAUGGGCAAUGCGGCGGGAAGGGGUGGACCGGUGCAACCACGUGCGCGACUGGCACCUGCAAGGUCUCGAACGAGCACUACAGCCAGUGUUUGCCGUAAGUGGUGGACCAAAGGGGUAAACUUGGGGUCAGGUGAUGGUGAUGGCGGCAAACGUCAACUAUGGGCUCUUGUUCCGCAACCAACCAUCGAGGCUGGUGUUGGGUUCUUCUUCCCGUCCUAUUGAGAAAACUUCUUGUAAAUAGUUAUUCGCCCUAGCGGAUGUAGGUAAGUC